UUGUCGCAUGAGGGAGGCAAACAACUUAAAUCGAUGAACUAUGACCCAAACCGGAAGUUCGGUCUCUUUUGCUCGGCAUCCAACAUGACUCAAAAGCGUCGUAACAACGGGCGCAGCAAGAAGGGGCGAGGCCAUGUGAGGCCCGUCCGCUGCACCAACUGCGCCCGCUGCGUGCCUAAGGACAAGGCUAUCAAGAAGUUUGUGAUCAGGAACAUCGUGGAGGCUGCAGCCAUCCGUGACAUCCAGGAUGCCAGCGUCUAUGAAGUGUAUGCUCUUCCUAAACUCUACGCCAAGCUCCACUACUGUGUGAGCUGCGCCAUCCAUUCCAAGGUCGUGCGUAACCGUUCCAGGGAAGCUCGUCGUGACAGGACCCCACCCCCAAGAUUCCGCCCAGGAAUGGUGAGUCGGGGCAACCAGGCUCCUGGUCAGAACAGGCAAGGAGGAGGAGGUGGUGGCGGCGGCGGCGGCGGUGGCGGCGCUGGUGGAGGAGGAGGAGGUGGCGGCGGCGGCGGUGGAGCUGGAGCUGGACGCUCUUAGACCCACACCGACUCCUGACCCAACACAAGGCACUCACAUCAAACCCAAACAAGCAGUUUCAUUUGGAUGGAGUAGUUAUCACAAAAGACUUUAUAGCAUCUGUACAGCUUACAGUUCAUACUGUCACUUUUUGUGAGGAUGAAUGGUGAAUAAAACAUCACACCAGCAACAACAACAAA